AUGCCGUGCCCAUUCCUGGCUCUGCCGUUGCCGCUUCAAGUAGCUACUUAUGGCCACCUGGGUUGCAGUGAGAAAUUAGCAGCGAGGGCGAGCGAUCGGAUAAAGAACGAGCUUGGUGGCCGGGAAAAAAAUUGGUUCGCCAGCAAAUACGUCUACGACGCCAUUGUUUCCGUCAAACGCGACGAAGUACGCGUCGUAUGUCGGACACGAUGCGGCGAGGCAGAAAUAAAAUGUUCGCACCGGACACCCUGGCGCCGUCGGAUGUAUUAUAGACGCAAUUUUCUCGACGAGGUCAACUCCGGCAUCUUCCCGCGUUCGAUCGGGUUAUAUGUGAUGCCUGGAGACCGUGAUUGCGAGCUCUCGAUCCCCAUCCAGGAACUUGACAUCCUCAGAAACCCGUAUUCAAUUCUGCUCGACAUGUGCCCGGAAGUCGCACAAUUUCAGUUAAAAUGGUUGAAGCGUCGCGGAUUCUCGUCGGAGGCCCUAGCAGCCGUGCCUUCGCGACGGUGUUUGGAUGGCGGACACUCGCUGAUUGCGGAAUUACUGGCCCUUUUUGAAGUGAUGAAAUCCGCGCCGACGUUGCUGCUCCAAUUAACAGGCCAUCGGAUCAAUGAUACGUUGGCUGUUAUCGGGCUGUUGGCCGAAUUGAUGCAACAGAAUUCGCCGCCUGAAAAUCACCCUCGGGCGGUCUUGGUGACGUUUGGGAUCGUACUGCGCAAAGAAGCCGACAGCGAGCUGCUGAAACGGGAUAUCAAGGAACUCCGAGCAUUCCUAAAACGCCACAUCCCGAAAUCAUCGCCGACAUUGGCCGUCCGACUGUCCUUGAACACGAAUCCACCUCAGUCGAUCAAGGCGCCGAAGAGGAUACCUGGGCUCAAUUACACAGAAGUCGACAUGAUCGCUUCCGGAUUUGGUUCGCAGAUCACGGCCAGCAGCGACAACACGACGCAGGAAUACUACAUUGCUCGGAAGCGCAUCGUGAUCCCCAAUCGCGGAGAGAUUUGCUGGAUUGCGGCCGGUAGAGCCCAUUCGUUGGUGGCCACCUCGAGCACCGUCUACGCAUUCGGGCAUAACGUUCACGGCCAAUGCGGAUUGGACCCCGAUUUGAUGGAGACCGUUGUAACGUUGCUGUCAUUCGGAUUGAACGAAGACGGGCAAUGCGCAAAUGGGCAAUACGGGAUUCAACCGGAACCAUUGCGGCUACAAGGUGACGCCGCUCAGGAAAAGCUCGUCGACAUCCGGGGCACCACCGACACUCUGGUGGCCAUCUCCGACAAGGGCGAGCUCUUUAUCUGGGGCCAAAACGAGCACGGACAGGCCGGGCCAAACUUGGAUUUGCAGCUUGCCGCCUCCCGGCAUCUACCGAUGGCCAAGCGUAUCGUGAGCGCGGAUGCGACGUGCUGCUCCUGUGUGGCGCUCGACGAGGAUGGCGCCGUGUACACGUGGGGCACGCAGUUUUUGGGUCUCGGUCCAAAAGUGACGAAGCUCGGCCAGCCAACACUCCUCGAUCAGCCGUUGUUCGGGAAUGAAAAAGUAAAACGAGUAUUCGCUGGGAAUACUUGCGUCGGCGCGCUCACCGAGACCGGGAACUUCUACAUCUGGGGCCAAAAUCGUUUUGGGCAACUGGCGCUCGACACGGACAAGGACCAGCUCUUCCCAUUACAGGUCUACCUGCCCAGGGACGUUGUGCAAGUCGCGCUCGGGACCGACCACACCCUCUUCAUCACCAAA